CUGGUUACACCAAGCAGGGUCCACUAGCCUUGGGCUGCAGGGAGGCUGCUGUGUCCCCUGAGCACCUGUGGCACAGCGGCGCCACGAGCUGCAGUCCUCACCUAGCUGCGGCUUCACAUCCAAACCCACUCAGCUCUGUCCAGACCAGAGCCCCCCCUCUCCCUUCCCUGCGUACCACCAGCACGCCCACAGACUUGGCAAGAGCAGCUGCCCACUGCGCCAAGAUGUCCAAGGUAGCCAAGUAUCGGCGGCAGGUGAGUGAAGACCCUGACAUCGACAGCCUGCUGUCCACCCUCUCCCCUGAGGAGAUGGAAGAACUGGAGAAGGAGCUGGACGUGGUGGACCCAGAUGGGAGCAUCCCCGUGGGGCUGCGGCAGAGGAAUCAAACGGACAGACCCCCCUCUGGCACAUUCAACCGGGAAGCCAUGCUUAAUUUCUGCGAAAAGGAGACCAAGAAACUCAUCCAGAGGGAGAUGUCUAUAGAUGAAAGCAAGCAAGUGGAGAGAAAGACAGAUGCCAAAAACGGAGAGGAAAAGGGCAGCGAUGCCAGCAGAAAGGUCCUAGGCCCCAGACAGGGCUCAGACCUGGGCAAGGAGCCCAAGAAGGGUGUUUUGAAAAAAAGCUUCUCCAGGGACCGGGAAGAGGCUGACGGCAGAGGGGGAGAGAAGCCCAAGGAGGAGAAGACCAUCAGGGGCAUUGACAAGGGCCGGGUCAAGGCUGCGGUGGACAGGAAGGAGGCUGGGAAGGACAGCAGAGAAGAGAGGACAGUGGCCCCCCCGAAGAAGGAAGAAGAGAAGACGGGGAGUGUCAGGAACGCAGGCUCGAGCAGAGACAAAGACAAGAAGAGAGAGGAGGUGAAGGAGCCUAGCAAGAAAGAGGAAGAGAAGCUAAGGGCAGAGAGCAGGAGCACAGCCUCCCGAAGGGAGGACGGGAGGCAGAAACAGCCAAGUGAGAGCACAGACAGGAGGGCAGAGGAUCAGGGCGCACAAAAAGGAAGCGGAGACGGAGACUCCAGAAAGGAGGAAGCGAAGGCUAAGACGGACGAGAACCGACCUGACAAAGACGGCAGGGAAGACAGCAAGACCAAGGCCACAGAGAAGCAGGCCCCCAGUGGCCCCAGCAAGCCCUCUGAAGGGCCAGCCAGAGCGGAGGAGGAAGCAACGCCCAGCAUAUUUGAUGAACCUCUGGAGAGAGUGAAGAACAACGACCCAGAGAUGACGGAGGUGAACGUCAACAACUCAGACUGCAUCACCAAUGAAAUCCUGGUCAGGUUUACUGAAGCCUUGGAGUUCAACACUGUGGUCAAGGUGUUUGCUUUGGCCAACACACGGGCUGAUGACCAUGUGGCCUUUGCCAUUGCCAUCAUGCUCAAGGCCAAUAAGACCAUCACCAGCCUCAACCUGGACUCCAAUCACAUCACUGGCAAAGGAAUCCUGGCCAUCUUCCGGGCCCUCCUCCAGAACAACACGCUGACAGAGCUGCGUUUUCACAACCAGAGGCACAUCUGUGGCGGCAAGACUGAGAUGGAGAUCGCCAAGCUGCUCAAGGAGAACACCACCCUGCUGAAGCUGGGCUACCAUUUUGAGCUGGCUGGGCCCCGGAUGACGGUCACCAACCUGCUUAGCCGCAACAUGGACAAGCAGCGACAGAAACGGCUGCAAGAGCAAAAGCUGGCCCAGGAAGCCAGCGGAGAGAAGAAGGACCGGCUGGAGGUACCCAAGGCUGGGGCUCUGGCCAAGGGCUCCCCCAAACCUUCACCCCAGCCAUCCCCAAAGUCUGCUCCAAAGAACUCACCCAAGACAGCGGGCGCUCCAGCAGCCCCGCCUCCCCCGCCCCCUCCCCUGGCCCCACCUCUUAUCAUGGAGAAUCUAAAGAACUCACUUUCACCAGCUACCCAGAGGAAGAUGGGAGACAAAGUGCUCCCUGCCCAGGAGAAGAACUCACGUGACCAGCUCCUGGCUGCCAUCCGCUCCAGCAACCUUAAGCAGCUGAAGAAGGUGGAGGUACCCAAGCUGCUUCAAUAGGACCAGGCAGCCAGGCACUGGUGCCAAUGCCGUGACUGCCAGACUCUUGUGCCAGGGCUACACCGACCCCCCACUACCCCACCCUGGCUGAGUUGUUGCAGUUGUCCCUGUCCACCAUGGGAGAGCUUGAGGCCUGGGCCACGCUCGAGGGAAGACACCUUGUUUCUUCUCACUUUCCUUUUCCUGUCUCUGAGGCUCUCCAAAAAUUGCUUUGAAACCUGGAGCUGAAGUUUCUGGACAAGAGGAAUUCUUUAAGCACAUCACAGAGAAGAUGGCACUGCCAGAGCCCAUGUAGCAGGCAUGCUGCCAAAGGCUUACGACGCAGAAAAGAUGUCUCCCAGGGACCACACAUCCACUCCAGCCUUACUGCCUCCAGGGCCAGGAUUCAGGCCUCUGAGGAGCCCUUGAGGGAAAGCUGCUGGGCCAGUGGCACUCUUUGGGCCAGUGGCAGAAGGAUGGAGGGCAUGGGGGUCCAAGGGUAGGGCAGGAGAGCUGAGGAUGCUACAAAUCCCUUCAUCUGCUAUACCUGGGCAGCAGGUACGGUCGGACACGCCUGAUAGAGGGUAGGCUCCAGACGGGAGUAGAGAGACAGCAGCUGGACAUGAAGGGUUGAUGCCAAAGCAGACGUUUUCUUCACACCACCUGCUGCUGUAUAAAUCGCUAUGUAUCUGUUUUUCCAUAAGAUUUUGAUAAUAUAUACAAACCUUUAGCUGUGA